CAAGACUCAGCUGUUUUUCGCUGACUAAUUUCCUUUUUUCGAGAUUAUCUUCAAUUUAAUUAUUUGUAAGGCUAUCCAAUGCACGGGCGAGUGAAAGUACGCACCACCGAGGAGGAGCGGGAGCGAAAGAAGAAGGAGCAGGCGCUGAAAGUCCGGGCCUACCGCGCCGCUAUGGGCAGGAUCCAGAAGAAAAGGGAGGCCGGCGAGCUGGACUCGGAAAUGCUGACCCUCACGGUUCAGAUCCUGCAGCGCAAUCCGGACGUGAGCACCCUGUGGAACAUUCGACGAGAAUGCGUUCUGGAUAAGCUGGCCAAACUUAAGGCGGAGGCCACAGAAAAAGAGCAGGCCCCGGAAAAUAAGGAGAACGCCGAGGAAACUACCGAAAAGAAAGACUCCCAGCCUGAGGACAAGACCCAGGCUGUGUUUACCACCGAACUGGAUCUCACCGAGCAGUGCCUGAUGGUCAAUCCCAAGUCCUACAACGCCUGGCAUCACCGGUGCUGGACACUGGAGCAGAACCCCCGAGCUGACUGGCAGCGGGAGCUCCACCUGUGCAACAAGUACCUCAAGUUCGACGAGCGAAACUUCCACACCUGGGACUACAGGCGCUAUGUGACCGCAAAGGCGGCUGUUUCCGCUGCCCAGGAACUUGACUUUUGCACCGAAAAGAUCAAGGUGAACUUCUCGAACUAUUCCAGCUGGCAUCACCGCAGCCUGUUGCUGCCGGAACUCUAUCCCAACGAGCGGCGGGACAGACCUAUGAGCGAGGAGAAGCUGCAGCAGGAGCUGGACAUGGUUCUCACAGCCGCCUUCACGGAUCCUAACGACAGCAGCGCCUGGUUUUAUCAGCGCUGGUUGCUGGGAAGCGGCGCUGAGCUGGACAGGGUUCCCAAAGUGGCUGCCUUCCGCUUGGGUGCCAAGGGAGCAGCGUUGGCCUUAGACAAACCCUACCCCGACUUGAAUAAACUUCCAAUUGAGUUGGCCAGCGGGGAUCAAAGGUGGCAGCUGCAAGACUGGCAGUCUGUGGAUAGUGGAAAUACUGCCUGGAAGCUGCAGCAGCUACUCGACUUCCAAAAUACCAAAUCUUUUACCCUAAAGCUAGCUGAUCAGGAAGUAAAUCUAUCCCCUAUUCCCAACUCCGAUGGUUUCUACUACUUUGUGCCACCCCACGCCACCGCCAGUUGCAGCAAAGAACUGCUGGCAGAGCUGAAGACCCAACUGCAAUCCUGUCUAGAUCUCCUGGAAUACGAACCCGACAGCAAGUGGACUUUACUGACGAGUGCUCUGCUAAUGCGCGCCAUCGACGUCUCCGCCAAUCACGACCAGAGUCUCACUCACUUGGCUAAACUGGAGAAGGUUGAUGCUUUGCGGGAGGGAUACUAUAAGGAUCUGGCAGCCCGUUGGGUGCUGGAAUCCGAGCUGGCCAAGUGGCCGCAGGCUGCAGACUUUCCCAUAAAGUUUGAACUGGCGGAGGAGAAGUCUCUGGCAUCGCUGCCGUUGGGACAGUAUCUCAUCAUUGCCGAUGAGCUGAAACUGCCACCAAAGCUUAGAGAGGAACUGGGAGAAAGGUUGCCCAAGAGUUUUGGGGACCUUGAACUGUAAGAGGGUAAAGGAUUUAAGCUUCAAGAAGCUAAAACACACAUUCAAUUUAGCCACUAUUCCUAUUUAUACACAUAUUUUUAUGUUUUGUAUAUAUAUUUUGUACAUCUUGUAUUACGCUUAAAAAUAAAUUCAUAUGCUGAAUGCGUAUGCACUGCAACAUUAAA